AUGGCUUCCUACAAAGCCAACCCGCUGGCGUUCACGCCGUGGCCAGUAACAAUCCUCACCACGGCCGUAUACCUCGCCCUGAUAAUCCCCCUCCUGGUAAUCCACCACAACGUCCCCGCCGCGCCGCAGACCAACCCCAACGGCCUCAAUCUCACAGAAGCAUGGCAAGACCUCCAAAGCCUGACAAAAGGCUUCCACCCGUAUAACUCGCACCAAAAUGACCAAGUUCGCUCUUGGCUACUAGAGCGCAUCCACGCGAUCAAAGAUUCCGCCGCGUCAUCCGAGGAAUUCGCCGACGCGAAAGAGGAGAAGCCAGACGUAUUCGUCUUCGACGACCUGGUUUCCAAUCUCACCUUCGUCGACAGGAAAGUUGGCGUUUAUUUCGAAGGCACAAAUAUCCUUGUCUACGUCCGCGGCUGGGAAGACAAGAAAGGGAAUUGGUGGGAGACACCUGGUCGAAUGCCCGUCGGCAAAGGUGGCGUACUGGUGAAUGCGCACUACGAUAGUGUCUCGACCGGCUAUGGCGCUACCGAUGAUGGCGUCGGGGUUGUGACUUGUCUGCAGCUGUUGAAAUACUUCCUCACGCCGGGCCAUGCGCCGCGCCGCGGUUUGGUCGUCCUCUUCAACAAUGGCGAGGAGGACUAUUUAAAUGGUGCGCGCGCGUAUAGCCAGCAUCCUAUGGCGAAGUUUGCGCAUACUUUCCUCAAUUUGGAGGGUGCUGGCGCUGGCGGCCGUGCUACUUUGUUCCGCAGCUCGGAUACGGAAGUUACCCAGGCAUAUGCGAAAUCGGAGCAUCCGUUCGGCUCGGUUUUGAGUGCUAAUGGAUUCGAGAAAGGACUCAUUAGUAGCCAGACGGACUAUGUCGUUCUUGAUGGUAUUUUGGGCCUGCGCGGACUUGAUGUUGCCUUCUUUGAGCCCAGGGCUCGCUAUCACACUGACCAGGACGAUGCCCGCCAUACUAGCUUGGAUUCUCUUUGGCAUAUGCUCUCUGCGGCUUCUGCGACUACUGAGGCUCUGGUGUCUGACUCCACUGAUCGGUUUGAUGGACACAUUCGUGACGAUGGGCUUUUAAACAGUGGUUCGGGUACUCGGGCUGUGUGGUUCGAUUUGUUUGGAAGUGCUUUCGCGGUGUUCCGUCUUCACACUCUCUUUGCAUUGUCGGUGACUCUGCUCAUUGUGGCUCCUUUGACAUUGCUCGUGACCAGUGUGAUUCUUUCCAAGGCUGAUAAGAUGUAUCUGUUCCGCUCUUCUGUGCAUUCCGAGAUUGGCGAUGAGCAUAUCUCGCUGCGCGGUCUCCGGGGCUUUUUUCGCUUCCCUUUCCUGCUUUCCAUCCCUACAGCUGUGACUGUUGGAUUAGCUUACAUGGUGACGAAGGUUAAUCCGUUCAUUGCCCACAGCAGCUCGUACGCUGUAUGGAGCAUGAUGAUUUCAGCUUGGUUCUUCUUAGCCUGGUUCGUAUCUCGCGUUGCGGACUUUGCACGUCCAUCGGCUUUCCAUCGUAUUUACACCUGGACAUGGAUGUUUGUCCUCACUUGGUCUAUGAUGGUGAUCGCCACUGUUUAUGAGCAUGAGGAGGGUCUCGCUGGAGGCUAUUUCAUGUUCUUCUACUACGCGGGCACCUUCCUGGCCACUUGGAUUUCUUACCUGGAGUUAUUUGCUCUGCCACCGAAGUCAGAGUAUGUGAGCCAAUUCAUCCAAGGAUCACGACGGCCCAGCAGCCAUGGAAGUCGUCUUGGCGCGUCGGUCGACGAGAACGAGGACAAUGACACCGAGGAGGACCCAACUGAGUCAACUUCACUGUUACAUGGUCGUCAUCGCACUACGUUUGCCAACUACGUCCAUGUCGCGGGCGACCACACUUCCCAUGGCUAUGAUGAUGAGGAAGAAGAGAAAGACCCAAACGUGUAUGGGCAUGAACAGUCGUGGAGUGGCAGGAUGCCGCGGUGGACCUGGCUCUUGCAGUUGCUCUUUACAGUCCCUGUGAACCUGAUGUUGAUCGUUCCAUUAGCUCUCCUGAUCACAGCCGCACUUAACCAAACUGGCCAGGAUGGAAGCCCCCAGCUUAUCGUCUAUGUCUUCAUCGCCAGUCUGACUUCGCUUCUUUUCGCUCCAACACUACCGGUUAUUCACCGAUACACCUACCACAUCCCGAUUUUCAUGCUGUUCGUUUUCAUUGGCACUUUAAUCUACAACCUCGCUGCCUUCCCAUUCGCAGACUCGAACCGUCUCAAGCUUUUUUUCCUCCAAGAAGUCGAUCUAGACAACGGAAUCUCCACGGCCUCUUUGACCGGUAUGCCUCCAUUUGUCCAAGACGUAACCUACGGUCUUCCAAGUGCAGCAGGUCAAGACGAGACAUGUGAAUGGAUAUACCGAGGCAAGAACCACGUCCAACGCUGCUCCUGGGAUGCGCCAAUUCCGCAUGUCAUCCCCGAUGCCGAAGCUCUAUCAAUUAAUAACGAGAAUACCAACGCUCUCCUGAAAGCCACCGAACUUUCACCCGACUGGAUAACCUUCAGCAUUUCCCAACCUUCACCCAACACCCCCACCGCCCGCUUCGAAGUCUCGGGCCAAAACACCCGCGCCUGCCGCAUCAACAUGGACGGCCCCUUUAUCAAAACCUUCAGCGUCGUCGGCUCAUCCGCCCCAGACCCGCGUUUCCUCAACCCAGCCCGAGACGGCUUGGACCGCAUUCAACUAUGGAGCCGCACAUGGGAUAACAAGUGGACGGUCGACGUCAACUUUACCGAGCAUGACUCGGCAGAGAAUGAUGAAGCGGUCGAUAACACUCCCAUUACGGGCCGGAUUACUUGUCUCUGGAGUGAUGCUAACCAGGUCGGGCUUAUUCCUGCUCUUGAUGAGGUUAAGCAAUUCAGUCCUGCUUGGGUUGCUGUCACUAAGUUCUCCGAUGGUUUGAUUGAGGGGUCGAGGGCUUUUGAGAUUCAGCGGUCGACUUUCCGGUUUGUUGAGUCUUGA